CUCAUCCGAACGCGUCCCUCUGCAGAUGACAGGACCUUGGCAAAACACGUAUAAAUCUGAAAAUUUUUAGAUAUGGUCUCAGUUGACUUGCAGUACUCAUCAGAGUCGAUUGCCAGCGGUUCCUACCGUCUCUUAGAGCUCCCUGCAGAGCUGCUUCAGCUGAUCGAAUCCACUUCAGCUGCGGGAAAUGAACUAGAAUUAUCCAUCAAAGGCGGACGAGAUGAGGACGCUGUUCUCUGCACUUCCAACAAAACUUACGCCAUCCGAUCCGUCGUCCUUUCCAACUCAGUCCUUGUCAUAACGCCACGCGUAUACGAUAGGAACGAUGAUGCUAUGGACACUGAUGGAGGUGGAAAGCCCCAGGAAGCGGACGCGAUUGUGAUACAGGAGAGUUUGAAUGAAAUUCUGGAGCUCGUACCUGCCGUGCCGCGGUUACAUCGGUUGAGGGGACUAUUGAGAGGGAUGGAGUGGGAGGAGGGCCACGAAGACGAAGAUUACGAUGAGGGCGAUGACGGUAGGCUUAGGAAGCGGCCAAGAUUCAGCUAUGAGCAGGCGAGGGAGGAGCUGCAGGCUAGCGAGCAAGAGCUAGCAGCCUCUAUACGGGAGAAACGAAUACUCGUCAUCGAUGGCAACCUUCGACCCAUGUCACCCUCCUAUCUCCAUACCGUCCUCGAGCUUAUUCUCACUUGCCUCGUCUCCACACAACAAAAGCAUGAAUCAGCCACAGUCGUAGAACUUACCAGAGCACUCGAAGAGCAUGAGAUCCAGAGACGAGUCACCGAACAAGUCAUGGGCUGGUUUGGAGAGAUGAACUCGGAGGAUGGAAGGUGGAGGAUGGACGUGGAAAGUGUUGUUGGGGAGGUUGGGCUGGGCACUUUGCGGCAUUAUAAGGACGACUCGAUCGAAGAGAACGCGUUCUUGAACAAGUGGCGCAACGCUGUAGGAGACACCUUCGCCUCACACGUCUCCCUCUCCCUACUCUCGGGGAACUACCUCUCCAAUCCCUCCCCUCUGGCCGCCACGUCCAGUUCAGCACCGCCGAACCUCUUAACCUACUUCCCCCGCUCUUUGCUUCCCACGGACCCACCAGCUCUCUUCGCCGAUCUCUUUCUCACUCGGUCCAAAUGGAAGGCCAGCGAUAUCAUUCCAUUUUUGCAGGAUGUGGCGGUAGAUGGGAAGGAGAGGGAUAGAUUGCUUUUGAAGUAUGCAAGGGGUAUGAGCGAGAAGGAUGGGAUGUGGUAUACGGCGAGAGCGAGAUGAUGGGCAUGCGAGGCGUAUAACGCGUGGCGCCGUCCAGUGACCCACCAAGAUCGUAUAGUACUACCUGUUGCUGAAUUGAACUUGAAGUACAACUUAU